CGGAAAGUCUAGCCAUGGAAUUCUCAGUCUAGUCCGUACUCGGAUUUCUCGCCCGCACACAGAUCGCCCCCGGACGAUUGGACAGGAAGAGUCGGCCCCGCCACGCAACGCUCUGGUAAAUCAGCGGCGGGCAUCAACGCUGGCGGCGUAUGAUUCGGUGGCGUGUUGAUGACGAUCUGGAGAUGUGGAUGAUCGAAUCUAUGCCUCCUCGUCUUGUCGCUACGCAAGCAAGAAGGGGAAAGGAUCAAGUAGUCCUGUUUAUGUGAACAAACAAAAGCCCUUAAUCUCUGCUGCGCUGCCCCGUCGUCUGACCUUCGUUGUCCCUCCAUCGCGACCCGUCUCCGGAGUCCCAGCUAUUGCCGCUGGUUUACCUUCGCUCCUCCGUUAGUUAUUGUCGUAGACGAGCAUUUGCCCUAAUUGGAAGUAGGAUCGCGUUUGAUUGAGUUUGAAAGGGAGGAAUAGGUAGUGCUGCAUCUGCAGCAUCUCUUGGCUUCAUUGGAGUUUUUUUGGAUUUAGAAAGCUGCAAUGGCAGGGCCAUCGAAUCAAGAAGCCAUAUCAGUAUAUCUUUAUGUUCCUAAUGUUAUAGGAUAUAUAAGGGUCAUCUUGAAUUGUGUGGCAUUUUUGGUUUGCUAUUCACAUAAAUAUCUCUUUGCCAUUCUUUAUGUUACAAGCUUUGUCUGUGAUGCAUUGGAUGGCUGGUUUGCACGAAGGUUAAAUCAAGUGUCGACUUUUGGAGCUGUUUUCGACAUGGUAACAGACAGGGUUAGCACUGCAUGUUUACUGUCUCUUCUCUCACAACUAUACAGACCAGGCUUAAUUUUCUUGGCAUUGCUCGGAUUGGACAUUGGAAGUCACUGGUUGCAAAUGUACAGUUCAUUCUUAUCCGGCAAAACUAGCCACAAAGAUGUGAAAGACUCAAGCAGUUGGCUUUUCAAGUUGUACUACGGCAAUCGCUUGUUCAUGGGCUUCUGCUGUGUGGGAUCUGAGGUUCUUUACGUUAUCCUCUAUCUUCUUGCCGGUGAGAAAUCUGAAAGCUUGAUCAGUGUAUAUUUGAAUGCUUUACGAAUGAAUACACUCCUCUCUUUGCUGCUGCUUUUAGUUUCGAUUGGAUGGGCCAUUAAGCAAGUUGUGAAUGUCAUUCAGAUGAAGUCGGCUGCUGAUUCUUGUGUGAAUCACGAUACAAAGAGGAAUGUUUGAUCAUGCGUGAUGAAACUUGUCCAUCGUCGAAUGUACUAUGUUUCAACCGAGUGAACCCUAACGGUUUUGUUUAAGAUUUGAGCUCAGCAACUUACCAUUCCCUGGGACUUUAAAACGAGUCAAUUCCAUCGAAUUGCACUUUGUUAUCGUACCUAGCUCCUUAAAGCGCAUUGCAUUUGCAGUUCGGUUGCACUUUUGUCGGUUUUAAGUUUUAGAAAUUUGUCAGGAGCUGCACGCACUUUAUUUGAAUCAUUUGUCUUAACAAA